AUGGAUCCAGAAGAGAAUAUUGUCCCAACCGAGUCUCUAUUUCGCCCAGCAAAAAAGCGCAAGUUCAUGCGACGACGCCCUGACGACGAACCCGAAGAUGUCGAUGAUCAAAAUGACAAUGCAGACGCGCCACAAGCUCCGGGGCGCAAUAAUCUUCGACGUCCACGCGCAAUCCGGAAGGGUGGCAUAGGAUUCUCGACCGCAUCUCGUCUAGGAGACGAUCAGGGCCAGCAACUGGCGCUAGUAUCAGCGGCCGGGGACACCGAGGAUGAGAAGAUACGAGCGAUGAAUGAACGUUUCACGGGAUACAGUGGUCAGACAGUAGAUGUCGAUAAGCACAUGUAUGAAACCUGUCCUAUCGCUGAUCUUCCAGUUUGUGUGAUUUGGACUGACAAGAUAAGGAUGGCAUUUAUAGAAUCCGAAAUGGCUAAGCGUUACCAGCCUACAUCACAAACGGAUAGUUCAAGUUCCAACCAACCAACCCAAGAAGAAGUCCCCGCGGGGCUGUCACUACAUGGACAUCAGAAACGCGAGCCUGCAACGUUAGGCAAACUUCAUGAAAUUGACCUCGGUCAAGAAGCAACAUUGCGAAAUAUCGAGCUCACAGAAGCUGCGACUCGGAGAAUGGCCAAUAAGGGAGAUAUGUCAACGCUGGCGGGUAGUCCUGCCCCAGACACGGGUCGCUCUGUCCCAGAUGGCAAGUCGUGGCGCAGUCGUCAGCGGAGAACAGAGGCAGAUAUCGAGAGAGAUCGCCUUGUGGAGGAGGUACUACGUGAAAGUAAAUUGGAUAUCUAUGAUGAACCCGAGGAAGAAACAUACCUUAAUGACCAGCAGGCUGCUGAUGACCGGGUUGCUGAGCAAUUUCGGCGAGACUUCAUGGAUGCGAUGCAGUCUCGUCGUCGCAUUCGGCCUGCGGCAAAGCCAGCGGCCAAUGCUGAAGCGCCGCGUGGUCCGAAGCUGGGUGGUAGUCGCAGUGCGAGAGCUGCAAUGCGGGAAAUACAAUCAGGGAAAAAGUGA